AUGUCCUGCUACUGCAAACGCCCGGGAGCCGACGUGGCUGGACACGGGCCGCACGUGGCGGUUCCGAGGCCGGCCGGCGCCGCCGCCCGCACCGCCCACGCCAUCCCCGCCGAGACGCGCGCGGCGCGCAGCGCUUCCGCCUUCGCUACGGAGCGCGGCGAGCAGCGCAUCCGCAUGGCCAACGAGAAGCACAGCAAGAACAUCACGCAGCGCGGCAACGUCGCCAAGACCUCGAGGACGGCGCCGGAGGAGAAGGCGUCCGUGGGGCCGUGGCUGCUCGCGCUCUUCAUCUUCGUGGUGUGCGGGUCAGCCAUCUUCCAGAUCAUCCAGAGCAUCCGCAUGGGCAUGUGAGCGGCGCCGCCGCCGCCACGCAGAGUCAUUCCGAGCUGCCAGCCCCGCCGCAGUGCCUUGGGACGCACCUCUCGUGUAAAGCAAUAAAGUUCUGUUCUUGAUCUGCCGUCGUGGACCCACUUAUUCGGCGAAGCCAGCGCUCCUGCUCCCCGUAGAGACGCCAGCCCCGGGCCGCGUAGAUGCCUGGGACCCGGCAGACGCCGCUCGCGAGAUCUGCUCGAGGCUCCGCGUAGCUGGAAACAGGCACAUUUCAGGCUGGAAGCGAGGAGCGC